AAUCUAUAAAUAUAGAAUGUGAAUGGAAGAAAAAAAGAGGUAUAAAGAAGACGGAGGUGGGAGGGACCGAGAGAGUAUAGCGUCUGUUUCGCACCAACCGAAUAGUCACAUAAAAUUCCGUUUGCCCAAACCUAGAGCUACCUCCGCCGCCGCCGCCGGCAAUCAAGACAGCUGAUGGAUCCUAUGCAGUCAUCGGUGAGAGGCCGCAGGUCUUCGUUGCAUGCUGAUGCUGUCAUAACUAUUGGAGGAGUCCGACCUGCACCACCCCCACAAACAUCCACACAACAUGUAUGUCAAGAUGAGGCAAUGGUCAGCAGCGGGGAUCCCUCUUGGAUGUCUGGUUACAGCACUGAUUCCUGCCGGGGUGGUUAUUACACUUCUGCACUCAACCUGGAGGGUGCAUCAAUUAGAGAACUGAAGCUGAAAUAUCAGAAGCUGAAAUAUCGGAAUAAACCUAACAAUUGUAAUGCGGACGAUCAUGUCAAUGCUGAAAGAUCACCCGGAAGAAAAGCUGAGGAGAAAAAAGUGCUGGCGAGAAAGCAUGAAGAUUGUGAUGAUGACCCUUUCAUUGAAGAAAUUAAAAAGACGAGAGAAGCACAUCAAGAAAUAGAGAGAGAUCGAAAGGCCCGUGAUGAUAAGUUCUAUGAGCUAGAGAAGAUUAAGCUUGACUUGAAGCGAGACCGACUGGAUACAAUGAUAAUGCAAACUGACACGAGCGCAAUGGACAGUGAAGCAAAACAAUACUUUAAGCUGAUGAAAGAAGAGAUUUUGGCUCGUCGAUUCAAGAGUAGGAAAGCAUAGGUGUUUCCAUUUAAUGGAUUUUAGACUGAAGUUGUUUUUCGUUCUUUUUAAUGGAGUUAGUAUUUGGUUUGUAUCUUCAAUAAUGCUAUAAUACUUGUGGAUGCUCUGCAUUAGGGCCAGAAAAAAAGCUCGAGCUGGCUCGGGCUCGUAGCAGUUCGGCUCGAACCGGUUUAACGCUC